AUGAGGCUUCUCUGGGCAUUGGCUGUGCUGUUUUCCUGCAGUGAAUUCAUGGUGCAUGGGAGUCUCUUGGAGUUUCGCAAGAUGAUCAAACAAGCAACUGGGAAAAGUGCUCUACCGAAUUAUACCUUCUAUGGAUGCCACUCCGGUGUGGGAGGCAAAGGAAUGCCUAAGGAUGCAACUGAUUGGUGUUGCCUGCAUCACGACUGCUGUUACUCACAGUUGAUGGCUCAAAAAUGUCAUGUCAAAACUGAGAGAUACCAUUACACUUACAGGAGAGGAGUCAUAACGUGCGGUCCAGACAGCUGGUGUAAAAGGAGCAUCUGCGAGUGUGACAAGGCCGCUGCGUUGUGCAUGAAGCGCAACUUACAGAGCUACAACAAGAAGUAUCGCUUCUACUCCAACAUAAAGUGCACAGGGAGAAAGCCAAAGUGUUAAGGAAAGGCUCCUUGCGAUGCUCAUUAAGCCAUCCCCUAUUCUCAUGCAUUCAGCAUUUCCACACUGUUAAGCAAUCAAGUGCUUGACCUGGGAUUGGGAAUUGCUUCCUAUCCAGUGGUUCUUGGCUGCUGUCUCCCUAGGCUACUGUCAGGCAGAAUCCAAGGAACUGCUCUUAAAUAAGAGACCUGAUCUGCCUUAACUGCAUCACGAUACACAGGAUCAGAAGAGAAAUUAUUUCGAGGGAGAAAGCAACACGUGUCACGUUUUUGAUUAAAAAAUACUAGGGAGGACUGGCACGUGUCCUCUGCCAUGGUUAAGUUAUGAUGGGAGCCAGGGGGAGUCUCUCCAUUCUUUUCAAUAGUCUUUG